AUGGUAUAUAAUCAAUCUAUCGGUGAAGGUCCAGUCAAAAAGUUAUUACAAACAUUGCGUAUCAUUUCUCCACCAUCGCCUACACAAGAUCAACCGCAGCCGCCUUCGACCAAUUCUGAAUCAGAAAACCCUGUGUAUCAUAACAACGGAACUGCAACUUACAAACUAUUGCAUAUUUUGCGCAACUAUCGCAAGGAUGAUAACACGGACGUAGAAAAUUCAAGAAACGAAGACGAGGACGGGAAAUCGAAAGAAGGUACGGAAAUUAUUGAGAAAAAAGUUCACAAAAAAGAGAACCCGGCUCCCGACUUCGAAUAUGCUUUAGGUGAUUAG